AUGAUAAACUUUUAUAUUUUACCACUAAUAUCAUUGCUCUUUAUAUACGCCGAAUCUCUUCCGUUGAGUGCCAAUACUCACCCAAGUAUAUUGGAAUCAAAUCGGUUCAACCAAAGAGCAUUAGCCGGAACAAGAGGUCGAUUCUUACAUGUUACAGAUAUACAUUUGGAUACUCUGUAUUUGGCUCACUCUGAUCCAAAGCAGUUAUGUCACCGUAUGAGUAAAAAAAAGAAAGAUAAUAUUGCUGGAAUUUUUGGUGCACUUGGCACAAAGUGUGAUUCUCCAAUGACACUGGUUGAAGCAUCAUUUGAUUUCAUCAAAAAAUCUUUAAGUGAUGUUGAUUUUGUUUUUUACACCGGAGACACCGCACGUCAUGAGAGAGACGUCUUAAUCCCUCGAUCAGAAAAAGAAAUUUUAGAAGAACACACAACUGUUAUAAAGUACUUUAAAGAUAUCUGCGACAUUCACAAUAUUCCAUUCAUUCCUGUUGUUGGAAACAACGACAUGGUUGUGCACAAUGAUAUGCCAGCCAAUGACCCGAUAUUUGGAAUGCUCAAGACCAUUUGGUCUCCAUUCAAUCUCAAUCUGGGACCCAGCUUUGAUAAAGGCGGAUACUUUGUACAGGACAUUAUACCUGGAAAAUUACAGGCUAUGGUAGUCAACUCAAUGUACUUCUUCAAUAAGAAUAUUCAAAAAGAAGAUUGCGAUGUUCCAAAUAGCCCUGGUGAAGUUCACAUUGCUUGGAUGAAGCAGGUUCUAAAGAAUGCACGUACACAGCACAAAAUGACCUAUGUUCUUGGACAUAUUCCUACUAACGACGAUGAUGGAUCAAUUAUUUUUAAGCCGGCUUGUCACAAGAUGUAUAUUGAUGUGCUGGGUACUUACAGUGAUUUGAUUGCUGGUCAUUUUACAGGACAUACAAAUUCUGAUGCUUUGACUGCCAUUGUCAAAAAGGGAUCUGAAUAUUCUGCAGUAGCUGCUUUCGACAAAAAUAAUAGCACCGAACUGACUGCCAAAAGCUCUCAGAUAGUAUCCGUGCUUUUUAAUGCACCAUCCAUAAUACCCGUCCACAACCCUGCUAUGCGGGUGUACAUGUAUGACAAUGCAGGAAUAAAAAACCCAAUUGGUACAAUCCUUGAUUGGACACAAUACUAUGCAGAUAUUAAAACAGCCAAUAGAAAAGGAAAACUUGAAUAUAAGGUUGAAUAUCAAGCUUCACAUUUGUUUGGUGUCAAGACUUUUAAUUCUGCUGGAUUCUCAAAGGUUUUUCUCAAACUCGAGUCUGAUAAAAGUAUUCGUAAAGACUACAAAAACUAUAUGCUGGUCGAGCCAUAG